AUGAAUUGCAAGAGAAAGAAACAAACUGUGGCUGAAGAUAUCAGUGAUGCAAAAACCAGAAAGGAGGACACUCGCCGUUAUUGUUUAUGUAAACAAUUAGAUGAUCCUGAUAGAACAAUGAUCCAGUGUGAUUUUUGUGACGAAUGGUUCCAUCCUGCCUGUGUUGAUCUGGAAGAGGGUGAAGUUAAUGAUGUUGGAAGAUGGUACUGCCCACCAUGUACAGAUGUUAUGACACAAAAUCCAUCACUGUCGCGUAAAGGUUUUCUUGGGUUUCAAGGGAGAGUAGCACCGAAAGAGGGAUGGGGAGAAGAAUUUUUGUUGGAGGACAUCGAUGAGUCUGUCAUUCAAGUAGAAACCAAAAGACAUCGUGUUGAAGGCUGGAACCUGUUUCGAGAAGGUCGUGUUACUGGACUGAGCAGCAAUAAAAACGGAAAUUAUGUAUAUUUCCGUAGUCAGUGUCAGGCAUCCAUGAGACAGCUGUCCUAUAAUGUGUUUAUCUGUUUGAAGGGCAGUCGAAGGUUUAAGUGGUCAACCUGUUCGUGCCCUGCUGGAAUCGAUGGCCAGUGUAAGCAUCUUGUGGCAACUUUGUAUUGUUUGAUAGAUCUGUACAGACUAGGAAUAAACAAAAUCCCAGAUGCUAAGACAUGCACACAAAAACUUCAAAUGUGGCAUGUCCGAAAACCUGUGACAUACGAACCACUGCUUUUUUGUGACAUAAACUUUGUUAAGCAUGACCCAGAGAGACCAGUAAAAGGGGACCUUGGUUGUAGUGUGAAGCAACAUAAUCCUGUACCUGAGUUUGCAAGCACUGUGACACAGGUAAAAAUUCAGAAACUUGUUAACUUAUAUGAUUCCAAUUGUAUUAAGUUACCAGUCAUAGACACCAUCAGGACCAAUCAAUGUAUUCCAGUGUUGCCUAAACAGCAAAUGGAUGGAAGCCUUCAUUCUGAACUUUUUGAAUUAAUGAAUGGAACAGAAUAUAACUUUAGUGUGGAUGAUUACACAACUAAAUUGACUGCAUCAGAGAAACAACACUACAGUUCCAUUGUGGAAGUAAAUAUUGAAACAUCUAGAUGUAUUGAAAAGAAAACUCGAUUACAGAGUAAGAGUAAGUUUUGGUUUGACCAGCGCCAACAUAGAAUAACGGCAUCCAACUUUGGGACUUUCUGUAGACUAAAAUCAUGUACUAAUCCAAUAACAACUUUCAAUAGAAAGCAGAAGUUUUUCACGUGCAGAAGUGUCCGCCAUGGUGUAGAUUAUGAGUCAGCUGCAUUUGCCAAGUAUAGUGAAGUCCAACCCUGUGAAAGUUGCUCAGCAGGUUUAAUAAUAAAUCCCAAAAUACCAUAUUUAGGUGUUAGUCCUGAUAAAAUUGUGCUUACCAACAGUGAAUUGAAACUUGUAGAAGUUAAGUGCCCUUACAGUGUGUUUCAAAAGAAGGUCAAAAUUUGUCAACAAAUUAAGGAAAAUAAUUUCUACUUAAAAUAUGUUGACGGAGAGGUGAAACUGUCUGAGACUCAUGAUUAUUUUUAUCAAAUUCAAGGUCAGCUUAAUAUUACUGGUGUAAAUAUUUGUGAUAUGGUGGUGUUUGUGCCUCCAGAUGAUAUUGUUAUUGUUUCCAUUAAAAAAGACAAACACUUUUUUGAAAACAAAAUGCUCCCAAAGCUAUCUGAUAUUUAUUUCCAUCAUUUGUUGCCUAGCUUUGUUGAUCGCCUCCAAUACACUCAUUUGUAGAAAUAUUAAGCAUUUUCAAUUGUCAUGUCAGAAUUACAUAUUGUGGAGCAAUGUUUUUCAAGAAUGUCCAGUCAUCAUUUACUCUAUUUACAUGCACAUGUGUAUGACUGGAGAAAUAUGCCUACAUACCAUAGAUUCGUUAAUCACAUUUCCAUUUGUUAUUUUCCCAUGAUACUAAUAAUGAAGCAUUUUCAAUCAAAUUGUAAGAGAGUUUGAAGGAACUUCAUCUAUUAUAUAGAGCAAGUGAUGAUACAUGUAUAUGUCUCCUUUGAGUAUGAUGAGUUUCCUUAAAUAAAAGUAAAGCCAAGUGAAACAAAAUUUGUUCGCAGUGUCACAUGAUAUGUAACAAUUCCAUCCCAUGCCAAUCCUGAAUUGUUGUAAUUCACUUCUUGAAGCCAGCCAAUGUAUUAUGAAAUAAUUUUUUUUACUUAUUAUCAACUUACAUUUAGUUGAUUGAUAAUGCUGUACUUAAGAAUUUUUUACUCAUAUGAGGGCUCGUGGAGUGUAUGGUUGAAGAAAACCAUAGUUUAUUGGAGUAAACCAUCGACCUUCGCCAAGUACCGGAUAACCUACUGACUCGAAGCUGCAGUUAAAGCCCUUUGAUGUUCGAGCAAACGAGAAGCAAUUCUAAUCUUUAAAACCAGUUUACUUUAGACAAAGUGCUAACUGAUCUAAGUUACUAACCUUUAAAUAAUGUACCUGUAAAGUUUGACAAAUGGCCACACACAAGCCAAACUUUCUCUAUCAUUGGACACAAAGAUAUAGGAACAAUGUUCCGAAUGAUCUCAAAUUCCUUAACUUUUCUCACUGCUCGUUCUACAUGAACUCGCACAGCUGCAACUCCCCUUGAGAAUUUUAACUGUUCAUCUGUGAACUGCUGUUGUCCAUGCAGAAAUGGUGGAAUAAUAAGAGAAGCCCCCCUUCUUUCAACAUCUUCGCGAAUGUCAAAUCCCCGAUCAACCAUGAGGCUAUCACCAUCUUCCA